GGACCUGACCCUUCAGCUCCACAGUUUGCUGUAGUCAUGACUGUUGCCCCAAUGAAGACUUGCCUGCUGGGGGCCGUCACACUCGCCCUCCUCCUCGCAGGAGCGAAGGCGCAGUGUGACAAUGUUGUUUUCGGCAACAAGUGGCCGGGCAACUACCAAGCGGACUUCAGUGCUGUAGCUCCCGUGGACAUCAACGGUCUUACUUUGGAUUUUGCCUUCAGUCAACCCGUAGAUUCCAUAGACUACUACCAGGGGCAGGUGACCAAGAAGGACGACACACAUUUCACCCUCAAUGGCCCACAAAUCAACGCGGGUUCAGGAGAUGAGAUCAAAUUCACCUUCCAAGUGCACUACUCCGGCGUGCUGCCUCUUAUUAUCAACGAGGUGAUGAACGGCGUAGAAAUCUGUGACGCGGCCUUCACCACUCCUUCCCCGCUGCCGAAUCCUUGUGAUGAAACGGGUAUGAAGCCUUAUGACUACAGCCAGGUACUGUGUAUGUCGUAUUUGUUCUACGAGGCCCAGCGGUCAGGUCCUCUGCCUGCAGACCAGAGGAUCACCUGGCGAGGCGACUCUGCCCUUGGCGACGGCUCUGAUGUAGGUCACGACCUUACUGGCGGCUAUUAUGACGCUGGCGACCACGUGAAAUUUGGUUUUCCUAUGGCCUACACCUCCACUGUCCUGGCUUGGGGCCUAAUUGACUUUGCUGAUGGACACGAGGCUGCCGGUCAGACGGAGUACGCUCAGGCUGCGGUCAAGUGGACCACCGACUACUUCCUCAAGGCUCACACUGCCAAAGACGAAUUCUACGGUCAGGUGGGGAAAGGCGACCUUGAUCAUUCCUACUGGGGUCGACCUGAGGACAUGAUCAUGGAACGUCCUUCCUACAAGAUUGAUGAAGCUCACCCAGGUAGUGAUCUGGCAGCUGAGACAGCCGCUGCCCUCGCCGGAGCAUCUAUAGUCUUCAAGGAGAAGGAUCCAGCCUACGCCGCUAAGGCUUUGGAUGUGGCCAAGGAGCUCUACGAGUUUGCAGACAAAUAUCGUGACUUGUACGACAACUCCAUCACAGACGCCACCAGCUACUACCACUCGUGGAGUGGAUACGGUGACGAACUUUGCUGGGCGGCUCUGUGGCUGGCACGAGCAACAGGCGACGACGAAUACCUCACCCGCGCCCGUGGCCACUGGGAAGAGUUCAACCUAUCUGGAGCUGUGGUUCAGUUCUCAUGGGACGACAAGAGGGCUGGAGUCUUCGCACUCUUCUGGCUGCUUGACGGCUCCAGUGAGUACUCAGACCCUCUUAACAAGUUCCUGGACUGGCUGAAGAAUGAGGCGUCGUAUACCCCUGAGGGUCUGGUUUACUUGGACAGUUGGGGCGCCAACCGUCACGCUGCCAACGUUGCUUUUCUCUCCCUCUGGGCUGGUAAGAAUGGUUUUGACACAGAAGCCAACCAGAAGUGGGGGAGGGAACAGAUCGGUCAACUGCUGGGCGCCAACUCCCGUUACCACAGGUCCUUCGUGGUGGGCUUCGGCGAGGACCCCCCUGAGAGGCCCCAUCACCGCUCCAGCUCCUGCCCAUACCCCCCAGCAGACUGUGGAGGCGCUUUCGAAAACCCCGGUCCCAACCACCACGUUCUGUACGGCGCCCUUGUCGGUGGUCCAGCACAGAAUGGCGAUUACACAGAUGACCGCAAGGACUACGUCCACAACGAGGUUGCCUGCGAUUAUAAUGCUGCGUUCACCGGGGCUCUGGCCGCCCUCGUCGAGAUCAGUUAAUCGUAUUAGUCUGAUUGUCUACACUAUCUUGGAAAUAACUUAUUGCGUUCUAUUCUCUCUUUCAUCUCUGUUCAUACUCAUUAGGUUAUAUUAGAAUGUUUACAUUCUUGAAGUUAUUGUAAUGAAGUUAAUAUAAAUAUACUGUAUUGUG